AUGGAGGACCAAAUAGACUAUGUUCAAAGCCAAAGUCGAAUGGCGAGGGGCUUUGAGUGGAUGACGGACCGGCUGAGGAGGUUCGAAUCUUCAGUCAACACAUCGACGUUCGGCCGGGUCUUUCGACUCGGUGGGUGUGGCCAUCCUCAAGAGAUCCAAGAUGCCAGCUUCUAUACAGAGAUCCGCGCCGGCCUCACAACCUUUGCCACGAUGGCAUACAUAAUCGCCGUCAACGCAGACAUACUGUCAGAAACCGGCGGCACCUGCAAGUGUGACCUACCAUUUGGCCCCCAAGAUACCUGUGCAAACGAGCCAGAGUAUUUAUCUUGCCAGAACAUGGUCAAGCGAGAUCUUAUAACAGCGACCGCAGCGUUGUCGGGGCUCGCCAGCAUUGUCUUCGGUUUCUUCACCAAUCUUCCGGUGGCAUUGGCUCCAGGCAUGGGGCUUAACGCCUACUUCGCCUACCAGGUCGUCGGUAUUCGCGGUAGGGGUCCGGUACCAUACUCGCUAGCUUUGACGGCAGUCUUCGUGGAGGGCUUCAUCUUUAUCAUACUCGCCCUGACUGGCAUGCGUCACUGGCUUGUGAAGAUCAUCCCCGGAACCAUCAAGACCGCCAGCGGCGUAGGAAUCGGACUGUUCCUCACCAUGGUCGGGAUGUCGUACGCCGAGGGCAUCGGCAUCAUCACCGGGAACCCCAAGACGCCACUGGCCAUUGCUGGCUGCGACGCUGCGUAUCUCGACCUCAAGACCGGCGCCUGCAUGAGCCACCUCAUGACCAGCUCCAAGAUGUGGCUCGGGAUCAUGUGCGGCGGGCUGCUGACGGCCUUCCUGAUGGCCUUCCGGGUCAAGGCGGCCAUCAUCAUCGGCGUGGCCCUCGUCUCGAUCCUGUCCUGGCCCCGCAGCACCCCCUUCACCUACUUCCCCAACACGGACGAGGGCGACGAGCGCUUCGACUUCUUCAAGAAGGUGGUCAGCUUCCACCCCAUCACCCACACCCUCAACGCGCAGCAGUGGGACCUGUCGGGCAACUACGGCGCCAGCUUCGCCCUCGCCCUGUUCACCUUCCUGUACGUCGACGUCAUCGACUGCACCGCGACGCUGUACUCGAUGGCGCGCUUCUGCAACAAGACGCGCAAGGGCGACGGGGACUUCCCCCGGUCGACGGUGGCGUACUGCACCGACGCUGCGUGCAUCUCCGUCGGGUCGCUGCUGGGCUGCUCGCCCGUCACGGCUUUCAUCGAGAGCGGAGCAGGCAUAGCGGAAGGCGGGAGGACGGGGCUCACGGCCAUCGUGACAGGGCUGUGCUUUCUAGUCUCGGUGUUCUUCGCCCCUAUUUUUGCUUCGAUACCCCCCUGGGCCACGGGAUGCACCCUGAUUCUUGUUGGCUGUCUGAUGAUUCGCCAGGUGACCGCGGUCAACUGGCGCUAUGUCGGCGACGCUAUCCCAUCCUUCGUGACGAUCGCCUUCAUCCCUUUUAGUUACAGCGUCGCAUACGGACUCAUUGCCGGCCUCUUCGUAUACACCGCCCUCAACGGCAUGAUCUGGGCGGUAAUGACCCUCAGCCGCGGCGGGCUCGAGCCGAAAGACUACCAGUAUAAAGAGUACUGGACUUGGAAGCCCGCCGGCGAGAAGCCGUGGAUCGUGCGCGUCUUCAGCAAGGGCAGGUUCUGGGAGGACGAGCGGAGGCGGCGGGAGCAGCGGUCCGGGGACGACGGCGCCAAGCAGCACCACGACGAGUUCGCCAUGUCCGAGGUCGACCUCGACAGCACGCGCACCUCGCACGUCGGCACUUCGUUUGCCGCAUCCACUCACAGAGCGUCGGCGAUGCCCUCUGAGGGCCACCACCGCAGGGAUGGGAGCGCGGGGGAGGCACAUGAGAUGGACCUUGUGGUACCGCAGCAGGUGAAUGUUGCGCCCCACAAGUAG